UCUUAGGUUGUGUGUGACAAUUGAUAACGUUUCGGAAGAACUGUGUUUUGUGGCUGAAAUUUGUCCAAAUGGAACCGAGUUUGGAUUGUAGAACUCCUCCAACAUCACCAGAGCUAAGCCGUUUAAAGACCAAGCGUCGAUGCCCAUUUGGAGAGUCUCCUCAACCUUUGAAGGUCCCGGCGUCUGAAAGCGUAAUGGCGCGCGAUGACAGUUCCACACGUACAACUGAUCAAAGUUCCACGUCAAUCACUGCUUGUGCAUUUGAGGUGCUCAUGAACAGCCAGAGAAGUCAAAGGGAUGCUGUCCAUACUUCUCCACUACAACCAGCUGUGACUAGUUCUUCCUGUCAAUGUUGGAUUUGUCACCAUUAUGGUGAUUCUAUGCCAUGUGCAUUCUGUGAACACAGUGUUUGUGAGAUGUGUGUGCGUCAAUGUGACAGAUGCUUUGGAGUAUUCUGUGCUUUCUGCUCCACUAUCAACUAUGAUAAUCAUGAAGAGCGUCCUUUGUGUCUAACUUGUCACCACGAGGAGCUGCGCUGGCAGCAAAACAGAGCAGCCCAAGAAGUACAGCAAUCAGGAACUUGGGAAAGGCCAGGGAUGGAGGUCUACAGGCCACUUAUGGCAUAGCACAUCACAUAUACACUGCUUUGUAACAUACAUGUAUAUACCACAGACUUUCUACCGGUUUUAUCAUUGAAGACCCUUACUUGGAAGAGCAAUUUUUGUUACCAGUAACCUAACAUCGGUAUGUACAUUCUCCAUACUUUUCUCUAUACAUUUCCUGAGGUGCUGACAAGAAGAAUUUGAUUGAAGUGCUGGUGAUCAUUUCCUUUAUUCUCAUGACCUUAAUGUG